GUCCUUCUUCUGCCACUGGUGCCCUGGGAUGUAGGCACGUCCCUUGGCCUCUCUGGGUCUCAGGUCCUCUCCUGUCCAAGGUGUUGUGAGGCUUAUGCAAGUCACUGGAGGUGAACAUGCUGAAGCUUAACCUUAGACAGGAGGGCUCCCAAAUAAGAGCUCUGUGUGGCCAUUGGUCCAUGUCACCUAUUAUCUAGGACUGCAGGAAGAGGAGAGGAAGAAAAGAAAUUGCUCAUUAUUUCCCAGGGGAAAAAGGCACAGAAAGUGUGUGACAAAGACACAAAGAAAGCAGCAGGCAGCCUGCUUCUCCUAGAGAACCCGGGACUCCCGCAGCCCUGCGGGGCUGGGCUCCAGGGGAAGAGGAGGUCAGGUGUCAGCUGCUGUGUGUAUAUAGCCCCAGGCCUCCGGGGCCAGGCUCACUGCUGAGGCUGGUGCCAGGCUGCGAAGAUGAAGCUGUCCAGCGUCAUCCCUUGGGCCUUACUGCUCAGCACAGCCACAGUGGAUUCAAUGGACUGGCUCCCCUGGAAUACUAACUGUGGGGGAAUCCUAAAAGAGGAGUCUGGAGUGAUCGCCACCUAUUAUGGACCAAAAACGAACUGUGUCUGGACUAUCCAGAUGCCACCACAGUACCAUGUUAGGGUGUCUAUCCAAUAUCUCCACCUCAACUGUAAUAAAGAGUCUCUGGAGAUUAUAGAUGGGCUGCCAAGAUCUUCUCUCUUAGGGAAGAUUUGUGAAGGUUCACUCCUGGAUUAUAGAUCUUCUGGCAGUAUCAUGACUGUCAAGUACAUCAGAGAGCCUGAGCACCCAGCUUCUUUCUAUGAAGUGUUAUACUUUCAGGAUCCACAAGCUUAG